AUGGCUGACCGGGUGCGCUGGCUCUUGCCAGCCUUCUCCUUCCCUUAUGUGGCUCCCUCAGCCCCUGCUGGUGCUGUCCAGCCAGCCCAGUGGCCUGCCAGCAGCUCUGAAAACUUGUCCUCAUUCAUGCCUGAACCUGGAGAGAGGGAAUUUGGGAAUCAAAAACUAUGCCACGGGCAGUCAGAUCUGUUUUCAGAAGGCCAGAUUCACCCAGAGUUGGAAGAAGUCAAGACUGUCAGUGAAAAGGGGGCGAGUUCACCCCUGAUCACAGUCUUUACUGAUGACAAAGGUGUCAACAGUGCUGGCCUCCUGCACAGUGACCUACAGAGGGAGAGCUAUGUUCUGACUAUGGUGGAAGGAAUUAUAGGCUUGGCAAGCAUAAGCUCUGACACAGAAGCUAAAGAUGACCAGCCUUUCCCUAGGCUCCUCUUAUCCCUUAGCAGUGGUGUGUAUUUUUCCAACCUCUUGACUCAAGACAAUGGCAUUCUGACAGUCUCAAACCUGAGCCGCCAGUAUGACUUCAAACCCAUGAUGAAAGAAUUUCAGUUUGAGCCAUUCUUACAAAUGAUCGAGGUGCAGGAAGGCCAGAGGCUGAAGAUCACCAUCACAGGGUAUGGAACCACCUACAGGUGCUAUGGCAUGGAGUCUUCUUUAAAUGGAAAACCCGAACAGGGUAUUGCAGCGGAAGUGGCGGGCCACAAUGACUGCCGCACUCACAGAGAAGACACCACGGCAGCUGAAGAGGGCAAGUUCAAAUUACAGGGACUGCUGCUGGGAUGUGUGCACCAUUUCUAUCAGGUGGUUGAGGCUGAGAAUAAUGACACUGAUGAUGUAAACAUUAUCGUUUUCUGGUAGAUUAAUCAACUUGACUUAAGUAGAAAUGUGAUCACUUUCUCUGAGUACCUUCCUACAUUAUGUGUAAAACUUUACAGAAGCAAAAACCUCACUCAACAAUCCAAUUCAGAUGGUCUCCCUUGGUCAGUCCUCUUCUUCCACUUCCCCCAAAUGCACAGACACAGUGAGAGAAUCAUUUUGUUUCCAGACUCUACACUCCCCGGAUCCUAGUAUGACCAUGGCUUGCCUCAAGUUUCUUUAACGGCAGUGGACUACCAUAAACAUAUACCUAUGAAAAAGCUACCCGAGCCAGACAUUACACAAGGAUCCCACAUUGCCCUGUCACUAACACUGCUUGUUCUGUUGGCCAAUUACAAGUAUGACAAGCUCAUUCCCUUGCUGUGGCAGCUGACAAGUCAAGUGCAGAAAGUCCAUGCACUUGGCCAGGCAGCCUCUCACAAUAAUGGCCCAGAAGAUGCAAACAGACAAGACAAGAACAGAAGAUUAGGCGGGCACAAGGAGGAAGAGGGGGCAGCUGCAGUUUCACUUGGGACAGGCCAGGAGGCCACCACCUGUCCCUAG